UCCAGACUCAACUCCACAUCAAUCUUGCCCGCCAACGUAAACCAAAGCGCUUUCCAAUUAGUUGCAAUCGGCAACUUUCUUCUUUUAUUCUAUCACGUCACUGAAUUGUCAAAAAUCUAGACAGCUGAGAGAUAUUAUGCUGUCUUCUUUGGAUAAUUUUAUCCAGGCCAUCGCCUUUGGACACGCGAGGCGGGAUGUGCAGCGAUAUCUCGAUGCGGCGACUCGCACUUCGGUUCGCCAUGACUUGACGGAAAAACUUGCGUCACAACUGAGAUUCAAGGAGCGAGAGCAUCUCCGUACGACUUUUGACAAGCACGCCGUCGACAUAUCUGGUGGAAAACAUUGGACCGAGCAAAGCUUUUGCGACCAGAUUCGAUCAAGCUACCAGGAUACCGUCAUCUCUGAGAACGCCAUCAAGCUACUCUGGAGAAGUUUUCUUUUCUACGCCAACCACCCUUUCUCCUCUUCCCCUUGUCUACGGCCUCAGGACGCGCUUGUGGACUUUGAACAGUUCAAGCUUGCCGUGCUCCUGACCGUCUUUCAGCGCGACAGGAUGCUUGGCACAUUGGACGAUGCAAACGUAUAUUGGCGCGAGGAUGGUGCUCUACGCAACCGGCAAUCCGGGUUCGACCGCAUGUUCAGCAGUCUAGUGUGCAACGCGACUGAUCCGGGCGGCGAGAAGCCAGAGCAGCUCAAGGAGGGUUUUCCAAGCGCAAUGAGCGAUGCUAUGGAUGUUCUGGUCAUGGCAGCUCCGGCACAUAUGCACUCACUUCCCACAGAGCAGCAUCUUCUGCCGACGGUGCAGAGGCUGUUUGCGAGCAAAGAUGGGAUCCCUGCGGUACAGCGUGGACAGGAAGUUGGGCGGUCCGAGGUACAAACCUUGAUGGACUUGCUGCUGCGCUUGCGUGUGCGCCAGAGUGGAAAGGCAUGGGGAAGUGAGCCACGUUUGUAUCCCGGCGAUCUUCUUGAGGCCAGCUCCGGAGACUCGGGCCUGACAAAGGCACUGGUGAACACACUAAUGGGGACCGACCGCAUCGACGGAACUGUGACGGUUCGACAGCUGUCGGGGGCGGCAGCUGGUCUAAUGCCUAAUCUUGUACUGCGUUUCCAAGAGCUCUGGGCGGUUCUCUUUCAGCCUGCUGAAGGCACAGAAGAGAAGAAGCCACCCACUGGGGAGUCUCGACUCUCUCAACUCGGCGCCGGAAUUUCACUGUUUGCGCCGACUGUCGAUACAAGCAGGGUCGGCAGCCUGGAUCACAAAGAAAAGGACACGCGAUUCAUCCUACAGGCAUCAGCUCAAAGCAACUCGGACAUUCGGGAUACCACAAUGAAUCGUGUGGUAGAAGCCACCUCGGGAAGUUCCUCUGGGCAUGUCAUUUUGUUCACCACGAGCGCAGAGAAGAGUGCGUCGAAAACGGUCAUGGGCGGGUACUUUCCUAGCCCCGAAAAGGGGCUUCCUCAUGUCCUCUUCCAGCUCCAGUCAAACUUGCGCGUCUUUCGCUCGAGGAAGACAGGUAUACCCCUUGGCAAACUCACCAAAUCCGAACAAGAGCAAGGUGCAGACUGUAAAGAAGAGGCAUCAAGCCCACGAUACUGGAUAGGCGACUCUGCCGGGGCCCUGAGCACAGGAAUCCGGGUUGACCCCGACACAACAGCCACUCUUCUCCUGGGUGAGGGUAGCUAUUACAUGGAUAUGGACGCCUCGCGUGCUGCUCGCGGCGGUAAAACACAGCAAGUCGUGAUUCAGGAUGCAACGAUGGAGGUUUAUGCAGUCGCCAAUGCCAGCGUCACCGGUGAUAAGCAGACAGAAUGAGUUGCAUGAGCUCAUGAUCAGAUCAUAAGGAGAUCCCGAGGCUUAAAGGGAUAAAGUUACUUUGUGUUAAUGUGAUAGUUUAGGAAUGUAUCCCUGACCAUUUUUCUUGAACUAUACGUUUCCUUCCCCGAAGGACCCGAGUUCGCACAUCUAGGACACGCUGUGUACACUUUGCAGUAUACUACUUUUUAUUCCGUACCAAUACUCAUUGACAAAAGGCAAUGGCCAUUUCACU